GUUUAGUUGUUAGUAGUAGUCAUUUUACUUUGUACGCUGAUUUGAAUUGUUAACGGGUAUAUUUGGUGGAUGUUGCCAAGUGAACUCUUUGCUGCAUUGUUGUCAUUCAUGAAGCCCAAGAGAGUUGUGAGCUGGAUUGAAUCCACAAUGAGCUAGCCAGCUUGGGAGGGCUAAUGUUAGCUAACAACUGGAGCAGUAGCAGUAACGUUAGCGUAUGCGAAAGGGCCAGUUAUCGUGAGGCCGUAUAACCAUCUCUCUUCCACCACUGAGAUCGCAGUGAUCCCAGUUAGAUAGAAAGCUGACACAGCCCCAGUUUCAUCGGAUCCAGAAGUAGCUAGUAACGGUAACGUUCAUGCAGAGCAAUCCAACGGUGACCUCACAGAGCCGUCAGAAGGAGGACCCAAGACAAGUUCGCUAUAAGGGGAGAGGAGGGAGGAGGUAGCCAUGUUGGAAGAGGAUAUGGAGGUGGCCAUCAAGGUGGUGGUGGUGGGCAACGGCGCGGUGGGCAAGUCCAGCAUGAUCCAGCGCUACUGCAAGGGCAUCUUCACCAAGGACUACAAGAAGACCAUCGGAGUGGACUUCCUGGAGCGCCAGAUCAUAGUCAACGAUGAAGACGUGCGGCUGAUGUUGUGGGACACGGCCGGACAGGAGGAGUUUGACGCCAUUACAAAGGCCUACUACAGAGGUGCCCAGGCUUGUGUGCUGGUCUUCUCCACCACAGACAGAGACUCCUUUGAGGCCAUCAGCAGCUGGAGAGAGAAGGUGGAGAUGGAGGUGGGGGACAUCCCCACGGUCCUGGUGCAGAACAAAAUUGACCUCUUGGAUGACACGGUGAUAAAAAAUGAGGAGGCCGAGGGUCUCGCCAAGAAGCUCAAGUUGAGAUUUUACCGGGCAUCUGUAAAGGAGGACCUCAAUGUCAACGAAGUUUUCAAGUAUCUGGCUGAAAAAUAUCUUCAAAGACUCAAGCAGCAGUCAGCUGAGGAGCCUGAGGUGCACUCAACAAGCAAUAAGAUUGGGGUUUUCAACACGACAAGCGGAGGACACUUAAGCCAGAACUCCAGCAGUCUGAACGGACGAGAGGUCAUCAACUUGCGACCGAAUAAGCAGAGGACCAAGAAAAGUAAAAACCCCUUUGGUGGCUGCAGGCUGAUCUAAUAAGAUGGCCCUUUCUUAAAAAAAAAAGAAAAAUAAUAACACUAAUAAUCCUGUCUUGGCUGCCAGGUCAGAGAGAUGGAAGUCUUAACGAAGUGUGGCUUAUCUAUAGAGACUAGUUUAUUUCCUGACCUGACCAGCCAUCAAGAAUGCAAUGAAAGUAGAGACAUAAAUCUCACUUCAGUAAACCGGAAGAUGUGGUGAGGGCCUUCACUUAGAUCAAAAAACAGAAACAACCUGGAGGGAUAUUGCUUUCCCUUUGAACCUAUUUAAUCUAGCAUUGCUAGCAUUGACUGUAGUCUGCUUCCUAGCAUUGCUGCUAACCUACUCCACAUAUGUCACAAUUCUCCACCUCUUUUGAUCUUUGUGAAUGAGCAGCAGGUGAGUCCGGUCUUGAAAGUUUUUGUCUUAGCGGCAGGUUGGGAUUCUGCCUCCGCCUGGUGUUUGUAAAUGGUACUGCAUUUCAGAAAAUAAGUCUGGCCUAUCUAUGAUGGUACACAAUGACGUGCCCAGUUCUGAUAGGUAACCCAAGUUGUGCUUUACUUAUGGUCUAGACCAGGGUAUGAUUCCUACACAUCAAUGGGACAUAGCUACAUAUGUAUGUAAAUUCUGCCUUUUCUUUAGAUUUCUGUUUUUUUUUUUUUUUUUUUAAACAAAUGACCUACGUGCAUUUGGCUGCUCAUCUGUGCAAUAUGUUUGUAUGGUAGGUAUACUAGGCUAAUGGCCAUAAACUUUGAGCAGGAUGUUAGCAUACGACUGUGCCUUAUUCAAAUACUAGAGAUCCAAAGGUCUUUUAAAGUUUAGCUUUUUCCUAGUAGAGUAGCUGAUUCUGCAUGCUGUGUUUCAGCGGCAGUAACUUGGGACCAAUGACUGGUUAAUUCCAGUUUACCUGAAAAGAAUCCCGAACGAAACCGAUUCAUUUUUACCGAGACACCGGAGAAUCAUUCUCCGAAUGAGAAAGAGAAAGGGAUCAGUCUCCUGCUAAAUUCUUCCUCUAAGUGUAUUGCUGUUAGCCCACUCAAAACACUCCAGCUCCAUAGUAUUUCAUUUGCUUUUACUGAAAAUGUAAAUGUUUGAUAGUCAUAUAUGGUACAUAUCACGGAAGAGAGCCACCCGGUGAGAAGUCAUCGGGUAUACUUUUCUCCUAAAGGUAUUUUUAUAUGAAUGUUGUUGGUGUCCCUGAAAUACAGUAUAGUCAGACCAUGAAUUGCCUGAAACUUCGCAGGAAAUUCCGUGCCAAAUAGCUUUGAAAUUGUUCUAACUGUUUAAUAUUAAUUGUAUAUAUUUUAAAUAAUUAGAAUAUAGCUGACCGGUAAAUCCAUACAGAAAUACUAAAAAAUUGUUAUACAGGCAUGAAUGGUGAGUUGAAGUGCGUGGUUAGAAGUAGGGCUUAAAUGAUCACUCAUUUGGGGACCUGUUGCACAAUAUGUAACUUCAACUGUAGGAAGGCAGGGAAAGCAGUCAAGUCCUAGAAGGUACUUCCGUUGGACUUCAGCUGUAGUAAAAAUCGAUAACAAAGAAUUUGAUUGAAUUGAUACAAAACGGAGACACCUUGGCGCUUGAGUUUGCUUCUGUGGUCACCCCGAAAGCUUCACUAAGAACCCUGUUGCCGUCCUGAGUCUAGGCUCAAACAGGAAGUUAAAAGUACAAUCAUGUUUCAUGUCAUGGAGAUAUUGUGGAUUGUUCUGUUACACAUACGGUUUACUUGUAUCCUAUAUUUGGAAACUAUUUUGACAAGUUGAUUGUUCUAAGAAGAAAAAUGUGUAAAAUUCCAGACACUUUUUUUUAGACCUCUGAGUGUAUAUUAAUGUUUAUUACUUGUGUUGGAGAUGAAAUCAUGCCUAUCCAUGUGCUAUUCUUUUAGUUAGUCUCUUACUUUUCAAGGUCAGCGAACAUUCUCUCAAUCAUGCUUGCAGCACUACAACUCAGGCCCUUAAAAGUGGGUUGUAGUUUUUAUGGUGCACACUGUUACGAUUCUUUACAUGUUACUAACACUAACUGUCUGACACCCAUAGAGAACUACAACUAUGGAUCACCAUGGGCCCUUCUCAUUCGUCUUUUUUUUAAUCUAUCCUCCCUUCUUUCCUCGGUCCUUGUUCCCAGUGCUCUAGAUAAAGAAUGAUGGAGCAGGCGGCAACAAUGGGAUAGUAUAUCCAGUGUUCUUUAUAGAUCAGUGGGAAUGAGCCGGAGGACCGAGGAAGGAAGGAGGGGAGGAUAGAUAAAAAGACGAAUGAGAAGGGCCCCCAUGUGUUCACUACUCAUUCUCAUGAAUUGCCUUGAAUGCACAUAAUGGACGUGAGAGUGCAUGCAGUAUCAUUGUAAACAAGCACACAAGUACAUGUACAACUUUGUUGUUGGUACUGAUACUCAACGGAGCGUUUUCAGAUUAUGGAGCGUUUUCAGGAAUUGGUUAUUAUUAAGCAUUUCAGCAUAAGAUCACCACUUGCUUAAGAGCACAGAGAAAAUACGGUUUCCUUAUGUGCCUGUUGCAUCACACGUCUUGAACCCGAGUUUGGGUUUUACUUAUUUUAGCUCAUAGUUUUAACAUAACUGUUUAUUUUGAACAUGAGUGACCUAUUCGUCUUAAGCCAAUGCAUGCCUGCCUUUUACAUCUAAUGCCUACAACACAUUUCCUGUGUAAUGUAUGUUUACAUCUUCUAAUUGAAGUGUGGCUGCUUAAUUUCAGUUGUUUUUAAGCACUUUUGUUUCGUUUUAUUUUUGUUUUUGCCCUAACUCAGUUCCUAGUGAAACUAUUCAUGGUGUGCUAUUUCAUUAUUUUCACAAUUGAGACCAUGUUGAGAUUAAUUGAACAAUAAAAGACAUUAAGGAAACACCUACAUAUGA